AUCUUCGCAAAAGCUAUACAGGAAUCUGAGACAUGUAAAGUCAUCUUCCUGCCAUUCGCAAGCUCGCGUCGGCGCGUGGUAAAGUGGAUGGAGACGCGUCGCCAAGCGCAAAAGAACUGAGAGAGGGGCGCGACCUCGGAAUUCGCCAGAAGCUAAACCUCAUGUGAUUCCGCGGCAGAUGAAUCCCCGCACCGAGCUCGAAAGACGAUCCAUCUUCGGUAGUUGAAAUGACGCCGAUGGAUGUCAAAUGUAUGACGUUAGAGCCAUGGCGCGGUUCUCGCACGCGUCCCAUGGCAUUCCUUCGGACAUCGGUCGCGAAAGCUCUGCCCGUUCUUCCAGAGUCGGUGCUUCUUGAGUCUCCUUACCCGAUGAUUUAACUUGACUGUUCUGCUGUUAUUGUUUACGCGCGUCACAAUGGACUCACUACCUUCGUCAUACCGGCUGCUCGCAGCUCUGCCAGCGCGGUUAUGUUCCAAACGCCCUCUCCCCGCACAAUUACGAGCCGCGCGACUGCCACCGCGAUGGAGGUUCACAGGUCAAUUGCGAAGCAUCAGUCAAAGCGCUCCAACAAUCGACCGCUCGAAAUCAAAGCUUUUCAAAGAUGCAGACGAAGCCGUUGCGGACGUGCAACCGGGAUCCACAGUCCUGAGCGCAGGAUUUGGAUUAUGUGGUGUUGCAGACACACUCAUUGGAGCGAUGAAGAAGCGCGGCCCGCAAUCGCUACACUCCUUGACAGCCGUCUCCAACAAUGCUGGCAUUGAGGACGUAGGAGGCUUAGCGCUACUUACAAAGAGCGGACAAGUCAAGAAGCUCAUCAUAAGCUUUCUGGGAAACAACAAGGCAUUGGAGAAGCAGUAUCUGGGCGGUGAUAUCGAGAUUGAGCUAUGCCCACAAGGCACACUUGCGGAGAGGAUAAGAGCCGGCGGUGCGGGCAUCCCAGCAUUCUACACGCCCACCGCUGUCAACACGUUGCUACAAGAUGGAGAGAUCCCUGCAAAGUUUGACAAGGAUGGAAAGGCCGUUGGCUUUGGUCAGAAGAGGGAGGUCAGAGAGUUCAAUGGCAAGAAGUUCCUCAUGGAGACUGCCUUGACCGGCGAUGUUGCGAUCAUUCGAGCACACAAGGCCGACGAGGCUGGCAACUGUGUCUUCAGAUACACCACCAAAGCCUUCGGUCCCAUCAUGGCCAAAGCGGCCCGCCUCACCAUCGUUGAAGCCGAGGAGAUUGUCCCAAUCGGUACCUUUGACGCGAACGACAUCGACCUCCCCGGCAUCUUUGUCGAUCGCAUCGUUCCUUCCACAGCUCCCAAGAACGUCGAGAUCAAGAAGCUCCGGAAACCCGCUGCCUCCUCAGAUGCAUCAUCCAAGAACGAGGCGGCAGAGCGUCGCGACCGAAUCGCUCGCCGAGCAGCGAAGGAGUUGAAGCAAGGAUACUACGUCAACUUGGGUGUCGGCAUCCCAACGGCAGCAGCGUCUUUCGUGCCUGACGGUGUGAAGGUGUGGCUACAAUCCGAGAACGGCAUUCUGGGUAUGGGGCCUUAUCCUACCGAAGACGAGCUCGACCCAGAUAUUAUCAAUGCCGGUAAGGAGACAGUCACACUCUUGCCUGGCGCCUCAACAUUCGACUCUGCAGAGUCAUUCGGUAUGAUCCGCGGUGGACACGUCGAUGUCUCCAUUCUGGGCGCUCUUCAAGUCAGCGCCUCUGGCGACCUAGCAAACUACAUGGUACCCGGAAAGGUAUUCAAGGGCAUGGGCGGCGCCAUGGAUCUCGUCAGCAACCCAGAGGCUACCAAAGUAGUCGUCGCCACGGAGCACGUCGCGAAGGACGGAUCAAGCAAGAUCGUCCAGGAAUGCAAGCUGCCGUUGACGGGAGCCAAGUGCGUCAGCACUAUCAUUACGGAUAUGUGUGUAUUUGAGGUCAACCGGAAGCGUGGUACUUUGACGCUCACUGAGACCGCGCCUGGUGUGAGCGUCGAGGAUGUCAAGGCAAAGACAGAUGCCAAAUUUGAGGUUGCGCCAGAUCUGAAGACUAUGGAAUAGAUGUUUUGUGUAGUUUUUGGCGUACGUAGCAUACCCUAGUGAUGAUCGUUGUCAAUUUCUUCA